AACAGACAAUUUUCACACCUAAUUUCCCCUCCAAAUUCUCGCUCCCCUCUGUCUCUUUCUCUCUCUCUCCUGCGAGCUCUUGCUGGGAGAGAUCUUCUCGCUGUUCCGCUCUCUUUCUCUCUCUAUCUCUACCUCCGUCCCCUCCGCCGCCGCGGUUUCCCCCGUUCCGUCCGCCGUCCCGCCCGGAGCGGCGGCGCGCUCCUUCGCGACCGGGGAGGAGGGGGGGGGGGGAGACUGGGAAUGGGGGCGACCGGCGGAUGCCGCGCCGAUUCUGGACCCGCCGGAGCGAUUUCUAGGGUUUACCGGAGGCCGCCCCGCUAGAAAUGCCUGCUCACAAGUCGAAGUCGGAGAAGCGCGAUGCGGCGCGGCAGAUCCGGCGGGACCCGUACGAGGUCCUCGGCGUCGCCAGGAACUCCACGGAUCAGGAAAUCAAGAGCGCGUACCGCAGGAUGGCUCUCAAGUAUCAUCCUGACAAGAAUGCAAAUGAUCCUGAAGCUGCUGAUAUGUUUAAAGAGGUUACAUUUUCGUAUAACAUCCUGUCUGAUCCUGACAAAAGGCGCCAAUAUGACACUGCUGGUUUUGAGGCUGUUGAAUCAGAAAGUCAAGAGCUAGAAUUAGAUCUUUCGAGCUUGGGAGCUGUGAAUACCAUGUUUGCUGCCUUGUUCAGUAAACUUGGUGUACCAAUUAAGACAACUGUAUCUGCAACUGUUCUGGAGGAAGCUCUCAAUGGCCUGGUCCCCAUUCGUCCACUAAUACUUGGGACGCCUAUUUCUAAGAAAGUUGAGAAGCAAUGUGCUCACUUCUAUUCUGUCACAAUAACAGAGGAGGAAGCUCGAUCUGGAUUUGUAUGCCGAGUGCAAUCAUCCGACAAAAGCAAAUUCAAGUUGUUGUACUUUGAUCGGGUAGAUAAUGGUGGAUUGAGCCUCGCUCUACAGGAGGAUGGUGCAAAAACCGGGAAAACUACAUCUGCUGGAAUGUUUUUUCUUGGCUUUCCUGUUUAUCGGUUGGAUCAGACAGUCAAUUCGAUGACUGCUGGCAAGGAUCCAGAUGUUGCCUUCUUCAAAAAGUUGGAUGGAUUUCAGCAAUGUGAAAUAACUGAACUGAAGGCUGGCGAGCAUGUGUUUGCUGUUUAUGGUGACAACUUUUUCAAAUGUGCAAGCUACACCAUUGAAGCUCUUUGUGCAGCACCUUUUGUAGAAGAGAAGGAACAUCUUAGAGCUGUGGAAGCUCAAAUUUUGACAAAAAGGGCCGAGUUGUCAAAGUUUGAAACUGAAUACAGAGAGGUGCUGGCACAAUUUACAGAGAUGACCAGUAGAUAUGCACAAGAAAUGCAAGCGAUUGAUGAGCUUCUACAGCAGAGAAAUGAAAUUCAUGCCUCUUACACAACUUGUCCACCCUUGAAGCGAAGUAAAAGCAAGAGUAGAGGAUCUUCUAAGGAGGCUAGAGAAGAAAGCCAUGUGAGAGAGAAGAAGUCCACAGCAAGGGAGAGGCCAAGGAAGAAGAAAUGGUUCAAUAUUCAUCUAAAGGUUGAAAAGAGGAAGGCUUGUUAGAGGGCUAAAGGAAAUUUGCUUGUUGGCUGAGAUGUCAAUGAUGCCGUGGAAGUUAUGGUUCUGCAAAAAACUUUAGUCUACUACUUAAAAAGGCAACAACAGCUUAUUGUUAUUGUAAAGUUCCUUCCCUUUUCCUUCAUUCAUUCCCUUGAUCUCUUGUUAUCAGUAUUUGAGCUGAUAACACCUGUAAAUCGCGUAACUUAUUCAUGAAGCUUCUUCACUUUGGACAAGUGGAUUCUCUUUGCGGAUUCUUGGUGUCCCGGUGACAUGUUUGCACGCAUUUAUGAUUUAUCAUCCUGUCCUCUCAUUAAUAUU